AUGUUGGUUGGUAGUCCUAGGCACCAGCAAGGAACAGUAAUAAAUCAUUCUGGAGAAAGAGAACAUCAUUCCAGACUUCAAGAAAUCAGUAAUGUCAGUUACUCUUCUUUUACUAUAGCCACAUGUGCCUUGGUGGAUCCUGAUCGGUGCACAAAAAAGUUCGGUUACUGUAGAAGACGCUGCUUUAAAGAUGAAAAACAAAUUGAUAUAUGUCUCUCACCAAAUAAAAUUUGCUGCACUGAGAGCUUACUUGAUGAAGAUUAA